AUGGCGUCUCGUUAUCAUUUGAGGUCUGAGGACCAAGUGGAAAGCCCUUAUGCAGCAUUGCCCGGCACGUCGCAGACGGGUUUUGUCCCACACAACAUGACUGCCAUGAAGUCCAACCUAGCUUUGGGAAAGGAAAUUGCCGGCUGCAAUCCUAGUCGAUGGGUCCACGAACUGCUAAACAACAACUUCACCGUCUGCGAUGUGUUCGAACGAGCGCGACAUGCAAAGCUGGAAAGUAUGUACACCUGGGAUCACCCACAUAAGCUAGUCAUGAACGGCAACCAGAGCUUCUCGACACGGACAUCACGCACCUUAUCGUCGAUAUGCCUGGAUUGUCACUUCCAUUUCGUCUUCAAGAUGACCUGGGAUCAAGUCCAUACCGAGUCCCUUUGCAACCAAGACCAGUCGUCAUGGCCACUUAGGGAUAAUCAGUUUCCUUGGCACCAUUUGGUCUGGGUAGGAUCUGCUUCUGACUCCGAGGUGAUGCACGAUAACAGCAAAUACUAUCCGCUGCUGGCUCGAGAGCAUUUCGUUUGCUCAGCUCCUCCUUGUACGUUUCAGCUUACUCUUGAACUAUCAGAACCCCGGAUGCCUCAAUCCUGGAUCAAACUUUUAUUAGACCGCGAGGCUAUCUGUGAGCAACUAAAAGCUGCCAGAGAACAGGAGCCAAGCCGGUAUGACGGUGCCACGGACGAGUGGGCUUAUCAAGCCACGCUGAAUUUAAAUACCUAUCUCAAGAACUUGCUCGAGAGCUCGCCCGAAGACGCCAGAAGCAUAUCAAAAAGGAACAAACGCUUCGCCGUCUUGUUCGGUCCUCGUUGCUUCGGCAUGUUUCGGCAACUGGGCUUUACUGAAAAAGUCGACAUCAGAGACGGGACAGAUGAAGGCUCCUUCACUCCCUCGCCUCCGCCACCUGCAGGAGGUCCGCAGGGCGCUACCGAAAUAGGAACUUAUCGAUCGUAUCUUGAAGACGUAAGGGCUGAGGUCCAGUGCCUUAUACAUAAAGCGGGCCAGGCGGCGGAACGACCAACCAUCAUUCUCCCUGUACUUCACGCGGAUUUGGGAUGUCAAGAAGUUCCUAAUGCAUCUGCAAGUGCUCUUGUUGAUGCGGAAAGAUACAAAUUGAUUGGUGUCCUUCCGAGCCAUUCACGAGAAGCGGUGGUAAACGCGUACAAGCGCCAAUGGGAUCUGAUGCCGAGCCGCAGAAGGGCUUUGGUGGAUAGCAUCAUGGGCAUUGCCAACGACACGAGCGACGAACUGCUCUCAGACUUUGCAAUCACGCAGUCAUCAGUAUUUGAUAAUCAAACGCACAUUGUCGGGAACGGCGACGAUGAUAGCCUGGUUCCGCAAGCACUCAAUUUCCUUGGGCUACAGCCACCCAACAACUACAGUGCGGAAUCCUUGAUCCGGGCAUUCAGGCAUAAGGUCUCGCAAAGUCCAGCGGAUGUCACAACCGCCAGAUCGAUGCUUCUUGUAAUCGCACAGAACUCGAAUGACGACCUGUAUCAGGCCCAACUCUUGAUAGAAGCCGACGCUAAAAUGUCGUUGGAGACGAGUUGUGCCAUCCUAGAACUCGCUGACGCAGGCGGUUCCUGGCAAAAUGCCUACGAAGUUGCCAAGACGAAGAUCGCCGCGAGCAAAAGUAAAGAAGAAACUCAGUUGUAUAUUGACGCGCUAGAAGCUGUUGCAGAUCACGCGUAUUCACCAGCCCUCAAGCAGGCUGCCAUGGAGCUUCGAAAAGAAAACGGAAUGUUUAAUCUCGCAAGCAAUUCCAAUCAGGAGAGCAGACCGGUUAAUUUCGCGUUACCAGUCGGACUGCACAAUAUUGGAAAUACGUGCUACCUGAACAGUUUGCUUCAGUAUCUCUUUACCGUCAAGCCAAUACGCGAUAUCGUCUUCAACUACGACAAGGUCAAGCUGGCAUUGACUGAUGAAAGUAUCAAAGCUCGACUGCUAGGCGGCAACAAGAUGCAAAUGGACCGUGGUGAGGCAGUAGUGGCUCAGGCUUUUGCGAAAGAACUGGCCCAGCUCUUCGAAACUCUCAUAGCAUCCAAGCAAGCGGCGACAAAGCCUUCACAGCGCUUGGCAAAUGCUGUUCUGCUAUCGACCCACACGCUCCUGCGCAACCCUCGACCGUCAUCAGAACCAAACGCGGACACCAAACCACCGCCUCUGCCUGCUCGGCCCUCGCCAGCACCGCCGUCCAGGGUUGCUGAGGACGUAGAAAUGGUCCACGUUGGCGUCCCUUCUGUCUCGGAAUCGGCAGAAACAACUAGCAACUCCAGUUCCAGAACACUGGUAGACCAAGAAGAUGCACGUUCAGACCACUCAUACGAGAAGGUGGACAACGUUGCACCCUCCUGCCACGCAGAUGUUGUGGCCGAAGAUCAAAAAAACAGGCAUGCUACCACGCAAGAGCCAGACAGCCGUCCGUUGACUUUUGAGUCUUGUGCGGAGUCCCGUGAUAUUGCGGCAGCGAUCGAGACUUCUGAGUGCGGGGAUGUCGAGAUGACUGAUGCGGCGGAAGUUGAGACUGUUGACCAGAAGGUUCUCAACGCUCUGGAACAUCAAAAAAGGUCAUCUGGUACCGACCAGCAAGACGUGGAGGAGGUGAUGGGUAGCAUCAUCAACCGCUUACAAGCCGCCAUCCGACCAACGUCUGUGGAUGAAAAAACGGGAAUUCAAGUUGAGAAGAUCAUGGAGACCUUUUUUGUGACUACGAUUAAUUACACGAAGAAGUUUGAUGAAAACAAGUACCAGUCCGAGAUUACCUUCGACCGUGCCAUCACAGCUUUUCCAGCGCCCGACGGACCGUGCUCGCUAUAUGAUGCCUUGGGACGCAAUUUCGAUCAGCAAAUAUUGGAGGAGAGCAAGCUGUCAAGAUACACAGCCAUCAAGACUUUGCCGCCUGUGUUGCACAUCCUGAUUCAGCGGUCACAAUCCAUGGUCAGCAAAAACGGCAAUGCGGUGGUGAUUCCGGAGACGCUGUACCUAGACAGAUAUAUGGAUGCACCGCACGACUCGCUCAUUUUCCGGCGUCGGGUCGAGGACUGGGCUUUGUCUAACCGUAUCUCUGAUCUCAAGUCGCAGAUUUCCAGGGUUGAUACGAAUCCUAAUUACAUAUCAUGCUUGGAAAAUUAUUCAAAAGGAACCCUACAGCCUCCUGACGAACCCACUGGGGCAGCUGAGAGCAAAAACGCAGAGGGCGGCGGCGGUACAGCGAUUCGUAGCGCAUCCGAGGAAAACUUUGACUUCGAUGGGCCGGUAGACGACGACUUCCUACUCAUCACAGCAUCCCCUCCGUCAGCCACAAGUUCCGAGCAACGCAUCCUCGAGGAACCCAGGUGUUUAAGAGUCGGUGAAACGGAUGCAGCCAUUCGGCAAAUGAUGCGAGAGGAACUCGAACAGAGGGAGCGGACCUUUAAAAUGCAUCAAGAGGAACUCAACGGGACGCCAUAUCGACUCCACGCCGUGAUUUGUCAUCGCGGUCAUUUGACGUCUGGUCAUUAUUGGGUUUGGAUCCACGAUUUCGAGGACAAUAUCUGGAGAUGGUACAACGAUGCGGACGUCAAGGAAAACAGGGAUACUGCAGAGGUGCUCGAGACGCUGAGCACCAGCGGCGAACCGUACUUUUUGUGCUAUGUUCGUGACGAAGACAAGACAGACUUGGUCAAUGUACCCAAGCGUCAAGCAACCGCAACGGCAACGCCUUUGAAAGUUCAGCACACGCCAGAAUCAGAAAUCAUGAGGAGCGGGGGCGAAGACGGAGAGGUGGGUGCUGCACCAGAAACUCACUGUGCCGACAAUGUCGGACAGGAAGCAACCGUGGAGACGACAGCUGGCGCAGCCAUGCCAGAAAUGCAGGAGAUACGAGGGGCGCGAGAGUAG